GUUGGUUUCUUUGCGCCAUUUUCUUUCUUUAAAGACAUGACAUGUAUGUGAUGUGGUAAAGUAGCUAAAUAAUCAUUUCUUCUGUAUUGUAUUGUACGUAUAAUACGUAACGUACUUCAUCAACCAAAAUGUCAUUAACAAGUUUACUGUCUGCGCCUAGCCAAGCUGUUUGGGAUCGCGAGGAUGAGGCACGAGAACAAAAACUUCGUCAAAGACCAGUAUCUGCUUUGGUCAAAGCUUUUGUGACAGCUCCACCUUAUGGACAGCGUAAGGGCUGGGUACCACGCAGUGCUGAAGACUUUGGAGAUGGUGGGGCAUUUCCAGAGAUUCAUGUCGCACAAUAUCCACUGUCUAUGGGUAUGAAAGGUAAAGAGACAACUAGUAAUGCCCUUGCUGUUCAGUUGGAUGCACAAGGUAAAGUGAAAUAUGAUGUUAUUGCCAGACAGGGUCAUUCCAAAGAUAAGAUUGUGUACAGUAAAUUGAGUGACUUAUUACCUUCUGAAAUCACAAGUGAAAAUGACCCGAGUCUACAGAAACCUUGUGACGAAGAAAUUCUUGAAACAACAGAAAAGACACGGAAAGCUUUAGAAAAGAUCACAGAAUCUAAAAUUGCUGCUGCUAUGCCUGUUAGAUGUGCUGAGAAACAAGCACCUGCACAAUAUAUUCGAUAUACUCCUUCGCAGCAGGGUCAGUCUUUUAAUUCUGGUGCCAAACAAAGGGUUAUUAGAAUGGUUGAAGCUCAGGUUGAUCCUAUAGAACCACCAAAAUUCAAAAUUAACAAAAAAAUUCCUCGCGGCCCACCAUCACCACCUGCUCCAGUAAUGCAUUCACCUACAAGAAAAGUUACUGUAAAGGAACAGAAGGAGUGGAAAAUUCCUCCUUGCAUCAGUAACUGGAAGAACGCUAAAGGUUACACUAUUCCUUUGGAUAAACGUUUGGCAGCGGAUGGUCGUGGCUUGCAGCAAGUUCACAUAAACGAGAAUUUCGCAAAGCUCGCUGAAGCCUUGUACAUUGCUGACAGAAAAGCUCGCGAAGCCGUAGAAAUGCGAGCGCAGCUCGAAAAAAAAUUGGCACAAAAGGAAAAGGAAAAGAAGGAAGAUCAUCUUCGUCAAUUGGCCCAAAAAGCUAGAGAGGAACGUGCAGGGCUUAAAUCGGCUGCUGCUCUAGACAAAGCUGAAGAGACACGCGAGCGUGAUCAGCUUAGACAAGAACGGCACAAGGAUCGUGCACGAGAGCGUAAUCUGGCUCGUGCAGCCCCAGACAAAAGAUCUCGUCUCCAGAGAGAACGGGAGCGUGAUAUCAGUGAACAAAUAGCCUUGGGUCUGCCUGCAAAGAGUAUCUCAAGUUCCGGAGAAGCUCAAUUCGAUCAACGUCUAUUCAAUACUAGCAAGGGAAUGGACAGUGGUUAUGGCCACGAUGACGAGUACAAUGUUUACGACAAACCUUGGAGGGACUCUAGUUCAAUUGGUUCACAUAUUUAUAGACCUGGCAAAAAUAUCGACAAAGACAAUUAUGGAGACGAUCUGGAGAAACUGGUAAAGACUAGCAGAUUCGUUCCUGAUAAGGAGUUCAGUGGUACUGACAGAUCGGCCACACGUUCCGGUCCUGUACAAUUUGAAAAAGAUGAGGAAGAUCCUUUCGGUUUGGAUCAGUUCUUGAAGCAGGCGAAACGUGCAAGCAGUUCCAAUGCUACGACGAAACGCAAGGAAGAUCGCGAAACUCGAAGAGACGAUCGUGAUAAACGUAGAAAGCACUGAAUCAUUUAUUAAAUGAGCUUUUUAAUUCUUCAAAUACAUUUUAAAGCUAUUAUAACUGUUAUAUUGUGUGGACUGUAUGAUUAGAGGUCAGAUUUGUUAUGCGACAAAAAUCAUGUUUCACUUAUAUUAAUCCACAAGUAAUUAUCAUAUGUCAGUGCGAUUCGCAUAUUUCAAUUUUUAUAUUAACUUGAGAUGCUUUAAUUAAUAACAGUUGCAUGUCGCAAAACAAAUUCAGACUAUAAUAAAUUAUCUUUCCUUUCUAUUCUUUUUGGGUUUAUCCCAAAUGGGACACGUACCGAUAACUAGUCCCAUUGAUUCAGAGAAUUAGGAAGUUCACAUAAGUUAGCAAUUUACCUUGCGACACGAACCUUAUUUAGACAAGUUUGAGGACUUACAGAGUUCAAAUUCGAAUCCGAGUAGAUUAAUGUCUCCACAAGCAGGAUGCAUAAAACCACGAUCCUUCCAGUCGAAAUCCGUGAUGCUAUUCACUGAGUCGUCAUUAUAAUAAAUUAUACGCUUUGAAAUACAAGCACAGUCGAACCUUCCAAAA